AUCAAAUUAUCUAAACUUUUUUUUUCUCUUUCUCUUAUUUUUUUUUUUAUUUAAUAUAAUGAAAUUGAUUAUUUUAUCAUUUAUUGUAGCAUUACUAAUCCAGAUCACUUUAGGAGAAGAUAUUGAUAAACUUCAAUUUAUGAAAGUGGUGUCUCCUACUAACGGUCAAAAGAUAAAAGCUGGUGACAAAGUGUUGAUUAAAUAUGUGAUGCAGCCUUUAGUUUUUAAACAUACUUCAAAUGGAUAUGCUAAAUCUUUAAAGAUUGAUUUCUAUCAAGCAAGUAAUCAUACGACUAAAAUUCAUACUGUUUGUUCUCAUUGUCCUGUCAAAGCUAGAAAACAUAGGUAUAAGUCUCACAAAAGACAUUGGACUAUCCCUAAAUCUAUCAAGCCUGGUUCCUAUUUGUUUAAAUUCAUUGAAGAUACUCAAUUCCGUCGUGGACGAAUGACUAUUACUGAAACUAUAAAGGUCGACGUUGUAAAUUAAUGCUAUUUCUGUUUAAAUCUUGUAUAAUACACCAACAAACUUCUCGGAAACAUUAGAUAUAUAAUAAACUAAAUUUAAAUAAUGCUCAAUAUUGAUUUUAUUGUUCUUAUUGUUACUAAGUUUGAUUUAUGGUUUUAGAUUCAAGAUUGAUAUACAUAAAAAAA